AGAGGAUCAGUAAUUUAUAUUCAAAUAAUGCUUGCAAUUGUAGUAUACGGUUGCCACAUAAAUGGUCACCAUGUUUAGAUCACAGUUUCUAAACUCAACAGGCAGGAGGAUGUACUUGAAUCUCCACAGAACACAACCACGUCCAAUAACUUGUACAGCACCGUCGAUUCCGGGCACACCAACUCCGCAGCUGCAGAUAAUACAGUACAGAAAAUACUUCACACAAUUGAUAUACAACACGCGACAUGUGUCGAGAUCGGGCUUAAGGACACAUGUUAGUGAUCAGAAACGAUAUUACAAUCAGAAUCGAGGCUUCAAUCAAAAUACUGCCAGUGGUUACUAUGCGGCCUCUAUUGCCGUCAUUUUCUUGGCCGCUUCGUAUGCGGCGGUUCCGCUUUAUAGAGCUUUUUGCCAGGCCACCGGAUAUGGAGGGACAAUUCAGGAAUCUAAGGACACCGACAUGACGCUUAUGGUGAAGCACAUGGAUAGGCCCAUCAGGAUACGCUUCAAUGCCGAUACCAGUAAUAAUAUGCAAUGGGCGUUCAAACCCCAACAAAAGGAGGUAACUGUCAUCCCGGGCGAGUCUGUGCUUGCGUUUUAUACAGCAACGAAUCCAACCGACAAGCCCAUAUCAGGAAUUAGCACGUAUAAUGUGAUACCCUUCGAGGCCGGCCAAUACUUCAACAAGAUACAAUGUUUCUGUUUUGAGGAACAGCGGCUCAAUCCGGACGAACAGGUUGAUAUGCCCGUGUUCUUCUACAUUGACCCUGAGUUCGCCGACGACCCUUUCAUGGCGAAAGUGAAUACGAUCACACUAUCUUACACGUUCUUUGAGAGUAAGAAUUUCGAUUAUGAGAAGUGGUCAUCGGAGCAACAGGGUCCGGUGGCGAUACCUGCACACGCUACGAAAGGAUUACCAGCAGUUCCAGUCACAGUCUCUACCAGCUAGUAACUAUCGACUUGCAGCCUGAAUACAAUUUAUAAGCAAGCCAUCUAUAACAUGUCAAAGCGCUGUGACUGAUUUCGUAAUCCAGUAGGGUAUACAUGUCUUCAAUAAUAGUACAAGUUUAGUAAAGUGUAGACUCGAUCAAACGUUGAUCUCACCAUUCACUUUAGCAUAUAGGUAUUCGUUGGACAUGCAGUCAGCGCUGAUAAAAUGCGCGUUUUGAUUACACAAUUAUUCUCUCUGAAGCAAUAUUUUUGGAACAAAGUCGGUUUGGAAACAGAUAAAUGAACAUAUAGCACGCGAA